UACGUGUUCUCCCAACUGCCAUUAAUGCCAAAAAAAAACGGCGAAGGAAUCGGAAGUUGUGUUUCUUAACCCGGAAGCAGUAGCUGGCAAACAAGCGACAAUGGGACAGAAUCAGAGUGGAGGACAUGGCCCUGGAGGAGGGAAGAAAGAUGAUAAAGAUAAGAAAAAAAAAUAUGAGCCCCCAAUUCCCACAAGGGUGGGAAAGAAGAAGAAGAAGACGAAAGGCCCAGACGCUGCAAGCAAGCUUCCUUUGGUGACUCCACACACACAAUGCAGACUGAAACUGCUGAAACAGGAGAGGAUCAAGGACUAUCUGCUGAUGGAGGAGGAGUUCAUCAGGAACCAAGAGCAAAUGAAGCCACUUGAGGAAAAACAGGAGGAGGAGAGGUCCAAAGUUGAUGACCUGAGAGGCACUCCCAUGUCAGUAGGAACUCUUGAAGAGAUCAUUGAUGAUAACCAUGCCAUUGUCUCUACGUCAGUGGGCUCGGAGCACUAUGUCAGCAUUCUCUCCUUCGUGGAUAAAGACCUUCUGGAACCAGGCUGUUCUGUUUUACUGAAUCACAAGGUGCAUGCCGUGAUCGGUGUGCUGAUGGAUGACACCGAUCCUCUGGUGACCGUGAUGAAAGUGGAAAAGGCUCCUCAGGAGACAUAUGCUGACAUUGGAGGCCUGGACAACCAAAUUCAAGAGAUCAAGGAGUCAGUUGAGCUUCCACUUACACACCCAGAGUAUUACGAGGAGAUGGGAAUAAAGCCUCCUAAAGGAGUCAUUCUGUAUGGUGCACCAGGGACAGGUAAGACCCUGUUGGCUAAAGCUGUGGCCAAUCAGACAUCUGCCACAUUCCUGAGGGUGGUGGGUUCAGAGCUGAUUCAGAAAUACCUGGGCGAUGGUCCCAAACUAGUCCGAGAGCUUUUCAGAGUUGCAGAGGAGCAUGCCCCCUCCAUAGUCUUCAUUGAUGAGAUUGACGCCAUAGGAACAAAAAGGUACGACUCCAACUCAGGUGGAGAGAGAGAGAUCCAGAGGACCAUGCUGGAGCUCCUGAACCAACUGGAUGGAUUUGACUCCCGUGGUGACGUCAAAGUAAUCAUGGCUACUAAUCGGAUAGAAACACUUGACCCCGCCCUCAUCCGUCCAGGUAGAAUCGACCGUAAGAUUGAGUUCCCACUGCCUGAUGAGAAGACCAAGCGUAGAAUCUUCCAGAUUCACACCAGCAGGAUGACUUUGGCAGCUGACGUAACCCUCGAUGACCUUAUCCUCGCUAAAGAUGACCUUUCUGGCGCUGACAUAAAGGCGAUUUGCACAGAAGCAGGGCUUAUGGCCUUGAGGGAGAGGAGGAUGAAAGUAACAAAUGAAGACUUCAAGAAGUCUAAAGAGAAUGUGCUCUACAAAAAACAGGAAGGGACCCCAGAGGGCCUCUACCUUUAAGUUGGCAAUGGCCAAAUGUGAGCCCCGUCAUACAAAAAAACACUUCUUUUUAUUACGCUUGCUUCUGUUUGGGUUGGAUGUUACUUCUGCCUCUUGCAAAUAAAAUGUGUUCCAGUUACA